UCACACAGAUCCCUUUGAACUUGUGCUCAGUUGGGAUAAUUUCCGUCCAGCUUCCUACCGUCCCUCUUUGAAGCCCACCGGCUCCAUUAGCGGAGCUUCGCUCAUGCAAAAGCGGAUAAAUGUUUUCUCUGCCGAUGUGUAUUGAGUCCCUCAGCUUCCAUUAACCCCCGCCUUUGAACAGGCUCGCGGCCUCUCCACCCGCUCCGGGUGUCAUGGCUUCACACCUCCACGCGCCCCGCAGACGUCUGAAGUCGCUGCAGCGGCCGCUCCAGUGCCAGUCGGCCCCGAUGGCUGACCCAUUCACACUUCCGGACAGCAUCUGCCUUUGAUCGCGGAGGGAUUUAUAAAGUCGAGCAAGCAAAAAGCUCUCAGUCGGACCAUGUCUGCGGUUCAUGGGAAUAUGCGCGUCGGGGAUCUCAGUAACUUUCAGAUGUUUCAGGAGCGGCCUCUGCAGAUGAACGGCGCGGUGACUUCAGAUUAUGGAGCCUCAGAUGUUCCAAACUACUUCACCUCAACAUCUAGUGGGAGGGCAGACAAGUGCGUUGCCAUAUUGACCCACAGGAGGAAGAGGACCAACUUUACCCAGCAGCAAAUAGAGAUGCUGGAGAAGGUUUACUCUGACACCAAAUAUCCAGACAUCUACCUGAGAGAGAGACUGGAGGCUCUGACCGGGCUGCCAGAGUCCAGGAUUCAGGUGUGGUUUCAGAACAGAAGGGCCAAGUCUCGUCGCCAAGUUGGUUCAUCGUUAUCCACGAAAGCAUCCAGCACACCGUCAGGACAUCACUUUGGGCAACUACCCUGCAGAAUGGCUCCAGAGAAAGCCUAUGAUAGCCACAGCUCUGAGCUACGCAAGACAGCAGCUUUUGGUUUGGAGGAGAGUGUGAGGCCCUCGAUGGAGCACAGUGCAGAGGAUGUUCUAAGGACCAGUGUUCAGACCAAAUCCACUAGUUACGACCACAUGCUACCCUCCUGCAUCUACGAUAAAGCAACAAGAGCAACGGAUGAGCAGAUGCAGCUGAUUAAGCCUGCAGGCUCCGUCCAGAGCUGCAGCAUCCCUCUUUAUCCCAGUGAGCUGGGGAACCAUCUAAGAAUGAAAACCAACAUGCCUGGCAGCCAGGGUCCAAAGGUUCUGGUGGAGUACGAUAAUUUCCCGCCAAAUAAAACCAUCGGACCAGAGAUGAAAGUUGUGAUUCCUCCCUUGCCGACCCAAAACGGCUUCAACAGGUCCUCUCCGAAGGAAAAGGAAUGCCACCUGCAGUAUCCACAUCUGAGGGCCACAGAGAGCUUCAACCAGUUUUCUCCAAUCUACAGCAUGGAGGCACAGGAAGUCAGCGACUCGGAUUCAGACUGGGAGAGCGAAGCCAUGGCUGGCUUUGGUGGCUUUAUGUGAAUGUGUCGACGUUAAGAACUUGCAUGUACAAUAAUAAUGAAAAUCUGUAUUUAUUAUAAAGCUGUAUUAAGUCCACGUGUUUAAAACUAUUUGUAUUAACUGGAUUUUAUUUGUGAAUAAAAUUCA